AUGCCACCACAAACCCGCUCCGGCGGCCGGGCUCCCGCUGACCCAUCUCCCGAUCGAGUUUACAAGUCUAGCAAGCCGGCAAAGCAGGCAAAGUUUCCACACCGACGAACCGAGGUUCGAACAUACAGUAGCCGUAAACCAACUGCCCGUGUUGCCAACCAUCAGCAAAAGACCUUAACCCAGAUGUUCGAGACCACGCGCUCGUCGCCGGUGCGCCUCGACCUAUCCGACGACGACGAAGAGACCAUGCCAAGGAAGAGGAGGAGAAAGACAACGGGAGACGAACCGACGCCCAGCUCAUCCUUUCACACCCAAACAUUGACGCAGAUGUCGCGAAGAUCUUCUGAGAAGUCAGCAGGGGAGGAGGAGGACGACUUAUGGCAAUUCCAGCCCUCGGAUGAUGAAGCGGAAAAGAUCCCGCCGAUGCUACGUUCCGCCAGCGACAAGGAGAAUCAAGCGCCUGGCAAGAAGCAGUUGAGCAACCCGCCAAGCAGGACACCGUCCGUCGUUCCGCAGACACCAACAAAUAAACGGGCUAUUAGUGAGAUUCCAUCAUCCAUAGGUAGUCCGCUCACCCCGAUGCUGGCUAGAUAUAGCCCAGCGCCCAAGAGGUCUCCCUUGAAAGACAAGUCUACAAAUACAAUGUCCCCGAUCCCGAAGCUCACUGCAUCGGUCAAACGCCCACGAACACUCACAGUCCAGGAUUCUUAUGCCACGACCGGGAGCCAGGGCUCAAGCCAAUUUAUAUCUCCAUCCAAAAUGCCACUACAGCCCACCAAAAAUGUUCGCUUUAUCACGCCUCAUCCUACGGCCAGUCUAGCUCCCAUGGAAGAGGAAGAAGACGACGAGGGAGAACGUGAGAUUAGCCCAUCCCCUCACAGGCCCCAAAGAUCGCCCUUGUGCGAAAUUGCAGAUUCUGAGGAUGAACUGGACGAUCUUGAAAUCCUGGAUGAGGAGGACGAGGAGUACGACGCCGUCGGCGAAGAUGUUCAGUUUCAGAUGGACCAGAUUCCAGCCUCUUCAGAGGAGAAAGCGGCUUCCAAAGAAGCGUCCCCUGUUGAGGAAGGCGACUCCGAUAAGGAAAACGUUGCCCCUAGUGCCAGAGAGAGUGAGGAAGAAGAGGCAGAGGAUGCUACAGUGGUUUUGUCGAAACCUUUCGUCUUUGCCAAGCUGGGACGCCAGGAUUCGGAUCGUAGAGAGACUGUUGAGGUCAUCACGUCUUCCCCGGAGCCUACGCACAACAGUGGCUCUAGCGUUCUUCAAAUAGCAAACAGGGAAACCAACGACGAGUCUGUGUCACAGACAACACCAACACAGAGCCCGAAAACACCCAAGGCGAAAGGGAAGGCGGCAGUCGAAACACCAAAGACUCCCCACACCCAAGGGCUGGAGAGCCAGCGGUUGCCCUUCGAUGUCAUUCGCGGCAUGGGCCGUCAGGGCGAUCGGACCGACAUCUUCAUUUCCAUACAUCCCGAGCACAUGGAGGCUAUCGUGGCCGGUGAUAAAAACCAUGAGUUUCGCAACUACAAAAUCCCCCAUACUGUCACCCGCAUGUGGCUUUACAUCACGAAGCCUGUUGCGGAGGUGCGAUACAUGGCAUGCUUCAGCGAGGCUAGAUCUCCUGGCGAGAUUGAUGAGGAUGGGGUCGGCAACGCGGAGUUCAACCAAAACCAGACCUCCAAAUUUGCCUAUCAUUUACGCAAGGUCUACCAACUGAAUGAUCCGAUGCCUCUACAGGAAAUGAUUGAGCUGGAUUGGCUUCAUGGGCCACCGCAGAAGUACAACUACGUGCCUCCCGCAGUUGUCGGACAAUUGAUGGCCAACCUGCGCUGCUGCAUCGUCGGCAACGACAAAGAAGAGGAUGACGAUGCCGUACCGGACCCCGAGAUGGGCAGGAAGGAGUCUUCGCCGGUAACCAUAGAGCCAUCAGAGGAGCGGACGGUAUCUCAGGAGCUUGCCGAACAACUCAGAAGCGAUAUUGAGCACUCCACUCAGCACCACUCGUCCGACGCCGACCUGCUAGUACCGUCAAGCCAGACGCCUACCAAGAAUCGCGGUCGAAAGUUUGGCACGGAGCUCCCUCACUUCACCAAGCCUGCUCCACCCCCGACGCCCUUCAACCGUCCGCCCAAUCCGACGCCGCGGCGCGCGGUGCGGCCCUCGCAAGCGACGACGGUCAGCCAGACGUCGAGCCCCUCCCAAUCGCCCGUCAAGUCCGCGCCGCGGCGGCCGACGCAUGCGAACAACUCGAGCCUGCCCAUCUUUGUGGAUGACGAGGACGAGGACGAUAGCCCCGUUCGCCUGUCGGUUGGGACGUUCCAGAUGGAUUCUUCGCAAUUGCUAUCCAAGAGCCAGAUGCUGCCCGAGAGUCUGCUACGGGAUGACGACGACGAUGAUAUUAUUGUGUUUGAUUCGGAUCAGGAUGAUGAACUGUAG